AUGCUAGCAGUUGCUUGGCCGGAUUGGCAUGUUGCAUUCCCAGACUUCUUCAAUGAACUUACCGUAAAAUGGUGGAUUGAGCAGUUCAAGAAGUUGCACAAUGAGCAGAUACCUUUUGAUGGCAUUUGGAUUGACAUGAAUGAGCCGGCAGCGUUUGGCACGAACGAGCGAAACCCGUGGUACUUCAACCAAACUGGUCGACCGAUGAAAUUGGCGCCGUUACAGUGCGAUUUGAAGAAUGAGUGGGAAGAUGUGCCAUAUAAGACUGUGAAUUUGUAUAACUGGGGAUACGACGCGAAUCUUUGCUCGAAAACACUGUGCAUGUAUGCGAAGACUAACAAUCGUUCAAAUAUAUUUUACGAUACGAAGAACUUAUACGGUAUCAGUGAAGCGAUUGCAACAAAUAUGGCCCUUCGACAGGCGGUUGGAAAGAGGGGUGCUGUUAUAUCCAGGUCAACUUUUGUGUCAUCAGGUCACUAUGGGAGCCACUGGCUUGGAGAUAAUUUCGCGCGCUGGGCCGAUUUGCGAGCCUCCAUUAUUGGCGUGAUGGAAUUCAACAUGUUCGGUAUACCAUACACCGGCGCUGAUAUUUGUGGAUUUAUCGACAACACUAACGAAGAGCUGUGCUUGCGCUGGCAUCAGCUUGGAGCGUUUUAUCCGUUUUCCAGAAAUCACAAUAGCCAAGGCAAUAUCGAUCAAGAUCCGUCAGUAUGGCCAUCAGUCGCAAGAGCUGCGCGAGAGGCGCUUCUUUUCAGAUAUUAUUAUCUCCCAUACCUCUACAGGUAA